AGCAUUUGACUCUGGCUUGGGACGCGAAGAGAGGCGCGCAGCGAAAGCCCGACUGACUGGCGAUGGUCUGAGCGCCCCUCGGCCACCCCCUCCCCCGAGACGCGACCCGGCCCUCCCCUCGCCUUGUGGACACACACACACCCAGCCUGGUCUCCUCCGACUUCUCAGAGCUCCUCUCCACUUCGGCGCUCCUCGGCGGAGGCCAGCCCGGGGGAGGUGCGGCGCCCGCCAGCAUGAGUGGCUCCUUCGAUCGCAAACUCAGCAGCAUCCUCACAGAUAUCUCCAGCUCGCUUAGCUGCCAUGCGGGCUCCAAGGACUCGCCCACCCUGCCCGAGUCUUCCGUCACGGACCUGGGCUACUACAGCGCUCCCCAGCACGACUACUACUCAGGCCAGCCUUAUGGCCAGACCGUGAACCCCUACACUUACCACCACCAGUUCAAUCUCAAUGGGCUCGCGGGCACUGGCGCUUACUCGCCCAAGUCGGAAUAUACCUAUGGAACCUCCUACCGGCAAUACGGACCGUACCGGGAGCAGCCGCUGCCUGCCCAGGACCCAGUGUCGGUGAAAGAGGAGCCCGAAGCCGAGGUGCGCAUGGUGAACGGGAAGCCCAAGAAGGUCCGAAAGCCGCGCACCAUCUACUCCAGCUACCAACUGGCCGCCCUGCAGCGUCGCUUCCAGAAGGCCCAGUACCUGGCGCUGCCCGAGCGCGCAGAGCUGGCCGCGCAGCUGGGCCUCACGCAGACACAGGUGAAAAUCUGGUUCCAGAACCGUCGAUCCAAGUUCAAGAAGCUCUACAAGAAUGGGGAGGUGCCCCUCGAACACAGUCCCAACAACAGCGAUUCCAUGGCCUGCAACUCACCACCAUCGCCAGCCCUCUGGGACACCUCUUCCCACUCAGCUCCGGCCACUGCCCGCAGUCAGCUACCCCCACCGCUCCCAUAUAGUGCCUCCCCCAGCUACCUGGACGACCCUACCAACUCCUGGUACCACGCACAGAACCUGAGUGGACCCCACUUACAGCAGCAGCCGCCUCAGCCAGCCACCCUGCACCAUGCUUCCCCUGGGCCCCCGCCCAACCCUGGGGCUGUGUACUGA